AUGCUUUCUGUAUACACGGCUAGCGCGUCUUUCUGCGGUCGUCGCAAGGAGCAACUGUCGCGCGUUUCGGAACUUUUUCCUCCACAGGAGCAGUGCAAAGCCUGGUCUGGUGGGGUUGUCGUCACAGGUGGUCCAGUGGUUAUCGCCGCGCCAUUGGGCUCGGCGCGCCUGCGCCUGCACCCAGGUGCCGCGGCGCUGCGCGUGCGAGCUGUCGUAGAGGAACCCCGAGGGGGAGCCCCAGGCGGCGGCAACGGCGGCAACGACAGCUGUCGCCCUGCCCGGCUCUCCAGCAUCCGCUGGGCCCGGCGGCAGCGCAUGUUGUCCCGCGAGCCCCUGCCCGGCUCCGGUGAAGAUGACCUGCUGGAACUCAACGUCGGGGGAAAGCUGAUGCAAACCACACGCUCCACCCUUCAGGUGGUUCCCGGCAGCCGCCUGGCCGCCAUGUUCCGGCAGGGGGCGGAGGGGGAGCUCAGGUACGACAGCUGUGGUCGUGUUUGCCUGGACUGCGAUCCAAAUCUCUUUCAACUGGUGCUCCGAUACCUGAGGGAGGCUACUGUGACCGGAGCCGUACAACCCGCCGACGAAGCGCCCUUCCGUCGCCUCCUGUCGUACUUGGAGGUGCUGCCGUACCCCGGAGCGGCCAUUCCGAUCGCGCACGGCCAUGACCCGCUGGCCGACGACUUAUCCCGGCGGCCGCCGGCUCCUCCUUCAGCUCUCCCUCACCAGCCACUUCAUCAGCCGCAGCAGACCACGGAAACGUCCCGUGGGUCAUCAUUGCCUCCUCAGGCCAUCACCUCUACUACUAUUACGACGACGACGACUCCGGCAGCGGGGGCGGGGGCGGGGGCGGGGGCGGGGGUGCCUUAUCUGGGUGAUCGACGGCGGCGGCCUGACCUUGCUGAUGGCCACCACCUGCGGCACCACCUGCGGCACCACCGCCAGCAGCGGCAGCAGAGUAGGAAAAGGAACUGGCAGGAGGGUGAUGGGGGAGGCGGGCGAGGCGGCGGCGGUGGUGGUGGCGGCGGCACCGCAGCUGCCGGUCCCGGUGCUGUGCGGCGUGGUGGCGCCAGCGAGCACACUGCCUCUGUCUCUUUCUCUGCCGCGGCGGCAGAUGAAGGGGGUGCCGCCGCAGGUGACGAGGCGGCGGCGGCUGCUGCGGCCGCAGGGAGAUCUCUUCGCGAUCCAGAUCCAGUUCCAGGUUGGGUCGAGCAUCAACAUCAGCGGGGGCAGCAACAGAAACAUGAACAGCUUCCGGACUCUGACUCCGGGAGCACCAAUGCCCACCAGCGCCAUGGAAGCUAUGGAAUCCGCAAAGGCCAAAACCCAAAUCAGCAGCGCUGCCACCGCACCCGCCCCACCCUGGGGUAUAAUACAUCGCAGCAGCGCCAGCGGCAUAAUCAUAACCACCACAACCACCAUAAUCAUAACCACCACCCGCCGGAGCCCAAAAUAGACAGUGAGGACUUCAUUCCUGACACGGUGACACGCAGCAUCCUCGGCAGCCUCCGUAGUGGCGGCAGUAGCAGGGGCGGAGGCAGUAGCAGUGAUGAUGGCGCCCAUGGGCGCUCCGAACCGAACUCUUCCCUCAUAACAAGGGACAGCAACAGUAACAGUCAAAAUGACCGAAAUCACACGGCGCAGCAGCGGCAGCAGCAGCAGCAGGGUGGCGGCGGCGGCGACGGAAGACCAGCGCGCCAGGCCUCGCCGCCGCCGCCGCGGACCGCUAGCAGCAGCCGGCAGAUUGGCAGUGCGGCUGGUGGCGGCGCCGCUGCAAAUGACGCGUCGCGGCUCACGCCGCCGCGGCGCUACGGUAGCCGUGACGCCGGCGGCGGCGGUCGCGGCAGCGGCGCCGCCGACCGUACCAUUACCAAGCUGUCGCCGCUGCCGGUCCGUACAUUCCCGAGUAUAUCCCAGCUGUUUUACAUAUCUACAGACUACACCGAAGCGCGCGGCCUGAGGGUGAGCGUGCACACAGAAGAUGACGUACGGGCGGCGGCGGCGGCGGCUCCCGCGCCGACGGGUGCCAGCGGCGGCUCCGCCGCCGCCUCGGCGGCCGAACCCUUCGACAUUUUCAUCGAUACGACGUACGACGAGGGACAGAUCUCAAUGACGUUCGUAUCGCGGCGGGAUCUGCUGCCCGGGGGUGUUUUCCUGGGCCUUACGUCACGUGCCCAGCUGGACAGGAAGGGCGCUCAGAUUCCCUGCUACGGCUGGAAGUGGCAGCAGCAGCUACAGCCACCCCACUCCCACUUGGGGCCUCAGGGGACAGGAGGGGAGCUGGUGGGAGAGCUGCAACCGCUCUGGAGAAAGGGUGACUCUGUGGAGCUCAUUUUGCGGCAAGGUCAGCCGCAUACCAACCAGCUGUUGCUUAAGGUUAAAGGACAAGCCGUCGAUGUGAUCAACCGCCUUCCAUCAUUCCGACAUUGGAGCUGGUACGUGGGGUUGUGGGCGGGCGGCGACAUCAGCUGCGCGGUCUUCCAGCGGGACCAGUACGCCGUGUACUGGGGCGACUAUGCGGUGAAGAGGUACCUGUGA